ACGUUCUUCUCUGAUUCCAAUUUGACGAUCGCCGAGCUACAGUACAAUCUGUCCGCAGCAGCACGAAACCAGUUUAAUUGCAUCCUGAAAAGGAAUCGAGAUGUUUUACACAUGUGGACCCAAUGAAGCCAUGGUGGUGUCUGGCUGCGGCCGUUCUCCACCUCUGAUGAUUGCUGGAGGAAGAGUGUUUGUCAUCCCGUGUAUCCAGCAGAUCCAGAGAAUCACACUCAACACCCUGACUCUGAACGUGAAAAGUGAUAAAGUCUACACUCGUCAUGGCGUCCCCAUCUCGGUCACGGGCAUCGCACAGGUGAAGAUUCAGGGUCAGAACAAGGAGAUGCUGGCCACAGCCUGUCAGAUGUUUAUGGGGAAGUCUGAGGCUGAGGUCGCUCAGAUCGCUCUGGAGACCCUGGAGGGCCACCAGAGAGCCAUCAUCGCUCAUCUGACUGUCGAGGAGAUCUACCAGGAUCGUAAGAAGUUCUCUGAGCAGGUGUUCAAGGUGGCCUCCUCCGACCUGGUCAACAUGGGCAUCGGUGUGGUCAGCUACACCCUGAAAGACGUCCACGAUGAUCAGGAUUACCUUCACUCUCUGGGAAAAGCCCGGACAGCCCAGGUCCAGAGAGACGCGAGGAUCGGAGAGGCUCAGUAUAAACGCGAUGCUGUUAUCAGGGAGGCUCAUGCAAUGCAGGAAAAGGUUUCUGCGCAGUACAAGAACGAGAUCGAAAUGGCGAAAGCUCAGAGAGACUUUGAGCUGAAGAAAGCAGCCUACGACAUCGAGGUCAACUCCAAGAAGGCCGAGUCAGAGAUGGCCUACCAGCUUCAGGUGGCCAAGACCAAGCAGCGCAUCGAGGAGGAGAAGAUGCAGAUUCAGGUGGUGGAGCGAACGCAGCAGAUCACGCUGCAGGACCAGGAAAUCUCCCGCAAAGAGAAGGAGCUGGAGGCCAAAGUUAAGAAACCUGCAGAAGCUGAGAAAUACCGGAUGGAGAAGUUAGCUGAGGCGCAGCGCCUGCAGCUCAUCAUGGAGGCUGAAGCUGAGGCAGAGUCGAUUAAGAUGAGGGGCGACGCCGAGGCUUUCGCUGUGGAGGCUAAAGGUCGCGCUGAGGCAGAGCAGAUGGCCAAAAAGGCCGAGGCCUUUAAGCAGUACAAAGAUGGAGCCAUGGUGGACAUGCUGCUGGAGAAACUUCCUCUGAUGGCUGAGGAGAUCAGCAAGCCGAUGUCGAAGGCGCAGAAGAUCACCAUGGUGUCCAGCGGCGGCUCAGAGGUGGGAGCCGCCAAACUGGCUGGGGAGGUUCUGGACAUCAUGACCCGGCUGCCAGAGGCUGUGGAAAAACUCACAGGAGUUGAAAUCUCACAGGUCACUUCGAAGGCGUCCCGUGUGCGUUAGGAAGGGUGAUCAUCUGAGAGCGCCACGCCUCCUCCUCGUGUCCAAUCUGUACCGUCGUUCUUCUCUUGUUGUCUCUCCAUGGACGUUUCCCCUCCUUUCUGUGGCUUCUGCUCAUUUCCUGGAUGUCUGCUGUUUUUCUCCCUGUCGUUACCAACCACAGAAACACUCGGAUGUUUUUUGGGCCCGUUGGAGUCGUAGCCGCUCAGCCCACUGUAGCUCAACAUGAAGUCAGAGCUGCUGCCUUUUUAUACCUGAUUUUCAAUAUGCAACUUCUUGCCUUGUGGUUUUCCUCAUCGUUCCUGCGAAGGAGCUGGACCACUAAACCAUCACUCCUCGGAGCAGAGGUCACUGUGCCUUUUUUAAUUUGUAACAGAACGCAAAGUGCUUUAGCAAGUUCAGGGAGCCCGAAUUACACCUGCUGCUACAAUGGAAGAACUGUCCUGUCACUUGAAAAGCGGCUCCUCUCCCCUGUUUGAAUUCAGGUCUGAAAUGUAGGGAAAUCUAUCAAAUUUUCCAUUUGUUUACUAUAACAAUUGUCGCUCUCUAUGUGGUCCUGACUGUUGAUUAUGUAGAGCUCUUAAAUCAGGGCUGUUAAACUCAUUUUCCUUUUGGGCCAAAUCAAGACUAUAAAUGUUCUUAAAGGGCCGGUUGUGCCAGAAUGUGUUGAUGAAACCCAUUAAGCUAUUAAAAUAUAAAUAAAUUCUUAAAAUUAAACACUGAACAUAUUUUCAGUCACUCCAAGAUUUCACAAUCUAUUUUUUAUUUACAAUAAAAAACUUUUGAUUACUCACCACAUCAUCCCACAUAAAGUAAGGCUGAACCAGCUAAUUAGUAGAAGUAUAGUAGAAAUACUGCCACCUGCAGGUUACUUAGAGCCAAUGGUUGACAAAUUUUUGCGAAAAAUUUGCAAAAAACUCACAAUUAUGCGUUAAUGUGAAAAAGUGCAGGGAUUUGUUGAUUGUACGCAAGUUUCCAAUUCACAAAAAACUGGAGUGAUAAACUGAUACAAUUUGUCAGUAAACAGAUAAAAAGUGCUUUGAAUUGAUUGAUAUAUUUAAACUUGCUGCUAUCUUGGCUGUUCUAUUUAUGUGUCCCUUUAGAGUCAAGAGGGCCACAUAAAAAGCUGUGGCGGCCCAGAUUUGGCCCCCGGGCCUUGAGUUUGACACAUCUGUUUUAAAUCCUCUUUGGUAAUUAAAUUACUAAUCACUGUUAGCGUUGUUGACCAUUGGCUACAUUUCUUACCAGUUUGAGCUGCAGGCAGAGGGAUUUCAGUCUCAAAAUGUCGGCAGAAGUGUUCGAUGGGAGCAAGUUUUGAGGUUUUCCUGUUCGAUGGGAGCAAGUUUUGAGGUUUUCCUGUUCGAUGUGUUGACAGUGUCUGGCGGUUGCAGAAAAGCGUGUUGUCUCUUUGCAGCAGCAUUGCUCUCUUUGAGGUCAAAAUUCUGGGGUUUUUUUUUUAGACAGAAUCUGCACUAACUAAUGUCACAAUUCACACCUCAGCUUAUGUAUGUUUUUUUUUCUUCUUGGAGUUUAAAUUGGACUUGGGAUGUUUUUCCACUGAACCUUUAAAUGGUAAAAUCGUACAGAAUAUUUGAGACGUUAGCUGAGACCUGUUCUAAUAUAACUACAGGUGUAUUCUUAUUUUUUUUUUGUAUGUGUAUUAACUACCAGUUGCAUCUGUAUCAGACUUUAUAGACUUUUACCCAAAGGUUUUGCAUCAGUAAGCCUUCUUGCUGUCGAUGUGAUUCUUGUGAGGAAUGCUUCGAAAACGUUUGUUGCAUGGCUACUUAAACUGACGUAAACGUAAAUCAUAUUUAGUAUGGAAGUGCUUGUACUAAAUAGUCUGUAGUGAACGAUUAAUAAAAUGUUUAACUCACCGAAAA